CAAAUCGCUGUUUUUUCAAACCGGUUAGCUUGAACAUCCGGUGGUGUAUACGAACUGACAUAAGUCGAACCCAGUUCUAUACUUUAGACGCAAUAUACCCAAACGUGUUUACAUACGCAUGCUGUUGUGGGUAUCCCGCUGUUCCAAUGCAUUUUUAGUUGGGUUGAUGGCUGGCAGUAAAUUAUGGUAAAAGGUUCUGAAGGUAGGAGAGCAAGCACAAGGAGAAGCGUAGACAGUCUACGUACAUUGUCUAAAAAAUCACGUCCCACUAAAUUGACACCUAAAGGUAAAGCCACUUCUUUGAAAUCUCCCUCCACCUCUUCAAAGCAAUCAAAGACUACCAGCAAAGCUACUACACAAUCAAGCACUGAUGUUCAUACUAAACCCGACAAAAAGUACAAAUCUCGCAAGUCUUUUUCCAAGCCAUCACAGUCUCCUGCUCGUGUCAGAUUGAUUCCUACAGUUGGUAUUGUUCCUUUGCCUACAACAGAAAACUGGAAGAGCUAUUCUCACGGAGGAGUUUCCUUUGAACUGAAAAAAGUUGCUGGUAAAGAAGACAUUUUCACAGUAAAAGAUCAUUCAACUCAAGGUCGCAUUGAGAUGAAUGCUCAUGCCCAGAGUCAUAAACCACGCAGACAACUUGCUCGCAAAUCAACUACCAAACCUGCUGGUUUUGAAGCCAAACUCUGUGCUGCAAAGCGUUUAGCUGUUUCCUUACCUGAUAGUGAUACAACACCUCGAAAACGUUCUACAUCACCACUAACUGAUCCUGGAAAACGUUCAGCUUCCCCAUUGGAUAAUACAAAACUCAGUUCUUCACCAGUAUUUGAUUCUGUUAAACCUUUUUCUGACAACACUAAAACUAUUACAGAUGAAACUGACUCUACCAGGUCUCAGUCCCCUACCUUAAGAAAGUUAACAAAAACCAAAGUAGUCAAUGGUGAUAUUACAAAUAAUAAGCUAGACCUUUGUAAUGGAGAUGUUGAAAGAAAAAAGUCAACACUUGGUAAUGGGGCUGUGAGAAAUGAAGAGAAUCCACUCGCCAAAGUAUCACAACCUACAGUUCACCCUGCUGUAAAAAAGCUCCAGAAACCCCAUACUAGGUCUAGAAGUCCUUCACCGUCACAAAGUGCCAACCACACAAAUUCAGCACCAUCCCAAAAUGGCUCCUCAAACAUCAUUCUAACUGCAGACAAUGGUAGCGACACUGACGGCCAAUCUAAUUGCUUAGUGGAAACAUCCGUCAGAAAAUCUACUCGACUGUCAACCUCUCCCUACUGUAGAAGUAAACAAGUUCCUGACUCCAUAGAUGUUCCUAAUUCUAAGCUUCCUGAUAGCAAAAAAGAACAUUCUGAAGAAUUGUUAAACAAAGAUAAGCAACCUACCUCGACAAACGAUAAUCAGUUGAAAUGUAACGAACAGGAAGGACCUGAUGAAUCGGGCAGAAGCUCCCCGGAAACAAUAGACCUUAUUGAUUUAGAUAAUGCUCCUGUAGAAAAACUGUUUACAACAAAGGCUCUUAGUGGUAUUUCAAAGCUAAAGAAAACACUAUAUUGUUCUGAGAAAUUAAAAUCUGUUGUCAAUAAAGCUGUUAACUCACUGCAACUCUCAAAGGCUCUAAAAAAUGUAAGUCCAGUGCCUGAGGAGGCUGUUAAAACUCCAGGAGAAGCUGAAAUACAAGAUCCAGAACUCACACAUGUGAUGCAGUUGGACAAAAUGAACAAUCAUGUCACUGACAAUGUUGAAAUAAAAAAAUCUGAGGAGGAAGGAGACUUAGAAAAGAACCAAGACUGUAGCAAAGUUAAAGUUAACGAUAACCCACGGUUGGAUAACAGUGAACCACUAUUGGUUAAAAAUAGACUAACUGAUAUUGUAGGAAAGCAAAGUGAAGAAAAACAAUUGCUGACUGAUACUUCAGAAAAGCAAAGUGAAGAAAAACAAUUGUUUACUGAUAGAAAGCAAAAUGAACAGAAACAACUUCUAACUGUUAAAAACAUAGAGAUCAUAGACAAGAUUGAGUUGGAGAAAAGUGAAGUUAGCAAGCUAUCCUUGCAGGAAAAAAAGGUUGAAGAAAAAGUCAAACAUAUACCAGAGACAAGUGCAGAGAUAGACGAUGAAAUUAAAGGUAAUGUGAGUAGCAAACAGGAUGUGAAAAAUAAUGAUUUGAAAAAUAAUAUAGUAAAACAAAUACAGGAAGUAAAUACAGUUGGCAAGGACAACGAAGGAUUGGAGAAAAAGAAUACUGAAAUGGGAGUGAUGACAUUUAGUGAUAUUGACAAACUUUUAGCAGGGGAAAAAGAACCAACUGUGACACAAAAGUCCAGUGCAAAGGAAAUUGAAUCACAACAUAAACAGUUACCGUUAGUUGCUGUCAAAGAUGAUCACAAUUCGCAAGUGAAGGGAGUUGAAUUGAAAGAAAAAACUGCACUGGAGGGCAAACCUAAUGAACCAAAAACAGCUAAAAAAGAAUCUUCAAACACAAUUGAAAAACCUGAUGAUAGUAUAGACAUUGGUAUUGAUGAGGAUGUCAGUAUAGUUAGUGAAGUACAUAGGAAUGAUAUCUUGGUGUCAGCAGAUGAAGUGACACUAGUUGGGAAAGAAGAUUGUUCAACGUCAAAGCAAGAGGGUAUUGAUGAGCAACCAAAAGAAGAAAAGAAUAUUGGCAAUAUGAAUGGAUUACAAGAUGAAGCUGUAGUGACAGAAGAAAAUGGAGAUGUAGAAAUGUUAGAUGUAGAAAACAAUUCUAAGAUGAAAGAUGAAAAUCAACCGGAUGAUUCAAAAAAUAGCAUGAAAACAGAAUCCAUGCCACCACAACUUGAUAAAAUAAAAAACUGUCAUGACGACGCACAACAAAUCAAAAUCACUGUUGAAAACAGUAGUGUAGAUUCUCCAGAUAUUGCUGGUGUAUCGACAGAACAGAAAGUCAAGCGAUCUGCGUCGCCCCUUCCAUGUGAAGAUACAAGAGAAGCGAAAAAAGCUAAAUUAUCUGGUUUGAUGAAUCAUGUUGACGAUAAUAAAGCAUCUUUGAGUAAGAAGGCAAUAGAAGAAAUAAUAGCUGCACAGAAAAAGGAAAUAUAUCAGCAUAUAUUAAAAGUCUGUGAAGAACACAGAAUGCAUGAUAAAGCUACUAUUACUGCAUUGAGACGACAAGUCAAUACAUUGUUGGAUCAGAAUAGACAGUGGGAACAACGAGUGAAACAGCUGAGAACAAACACGCAGAUGAAAGUUAAAGAACAGGAGAGGCUGCAAAUGAAAGCACUGAUGCCUAAAAGAGUGGUCCAAAAGGAAUACAGAUCUCUUGGUGUGCAGGUAGAUGUGCUGAAAAGUCGACAUCUGGACAAAAUGUUUGAUAUGUCGUCAAUGGGAGCUGCCCAUCUGUCUUCAAAGACGCAGAGUACACAGGCAGUUUCUACCUCUUUUAUUGCCAAAGCUCCACAACCACCACAACAGGCAUUACCAAGUGCUUCGGCAGCUGUACAUCCUGCUAUGACAACGACUACAGCAAUCCCUGUGACAACUCGCUCAACACCCAUCGUUUUAAACACAAUUGUUGUGACAACAGUUGCAGCUAUUGUGCCCAGUCAAGCAUCACAACUUGUGAGCACUCCCACUACAAGCACUGCAUCAAUGCCACCUGCAAAGCUGACAUCCAUGUUAACAACACCAUCUAUGGUAAUGCAACCCUCUCAACAAAGGCCCAAGCCAUCAACAGUAGUGGUACCCGUUACAACAGUAAAGAGCCAACUAGGACAUCCAGUAGUGACAGUAAUUGCACCAAGCACAGUGGCCUCAACCUCAACCCCUACUCCUACCCCUACCCAAGCCAAAGGAUCAACUCAACCUGUCAAAACAACUCCACCUGCCACUAAGAAUAAAGCUGUGGUGAUUGAUUUAACUGAUGAUGAUGAACCAACACAGUCAAGUACACCAGGGGCACCAAAGCCAUCACCGACAAAACCAGCUGCAUCACCACAACAACAGAGACCACAGCAAUCAUCCCCUCAAAAGCAAACACAGCUUAGGCAGCAAGGACAGUCACCACAAGCACAGCCACAGGGGCAACCACAAAAGCAGCAAGUACAACAACAGCUUCCACAGCAUCAACCAACACAACAGCCACUUAUGGUUUCUCAGCAACUGCAACAACAGCGAUUGCAGCAACAACAAGAUAUUCAAAACCUUCAAAAACAAAUUCAGCAGCAGCAACAACGCAGCAGCAGCAGCAGCAGCAACACCCAAAUCUACAGCAGAUACUAAAUCAGCAAAACCAACAACGAACUCAACAGCAGCAGUUCAUUCAGCUUCAGAAACAACAGCAGCCACCACCAACAACAACAACAACAACAACAACAUCAACAACAGCAGCCGCUCCAACAAUUGAGAAACCAAGUCAAUACAUCUCAAGUAGGGUCUCCGCCA